GACAAUUGGGUCGUUAUUGGAACAUUGUUAUGGACAUCCGGGACACCAGCCAACAUGGAAGCUCAGAGGCGCAUGUGAAAUAAGACUUUUAACCUUGUGGUCUGUGUCGUGUGUGUGGAUGUCCUGGCGCUCGGGUCUCGUAUGCGAGCAACUCUGACUGGACUGUGUGUGUAGGGAAGCAGCAGAGUGACGACAGCACCAGAGAUUACUCUUCUUCCGACAAAAUGCCAAUAGUAAAAAAAGUACCCGACUGGAUGGAAAAUGCGGGGAAUAUUGGUUCUCGGCGGCGUGAGGGCAAGAAGUAUGCUGUGGAAGAUGAAGCUUUAGAUAGAAUUGCUAAAGAGGUUAACUACUUGCUGAACCUGCAUCACGAGAUGGACAAUUUUGAGGCACUCUACUUGGAGCUGCACUCACACAUGGUCACCAGGAUUUCCCCAGGUCACGACGCGAGUCAGACGACGAGUAUUAAACGUAUCACGGGUUUAGAUGCAUCUCGACGUAGAAUGCUUCAGGGUAUGGAGGGCGAGUAUAGACAGGAGAAUGGCCAUACUUAUCCUACUAGCAGUGACUUGUGUUACGAAGAGGAGGACAAUGUGCAUGUAUACACUAGAGAUGAGAAGAAAAGUGAUUGUAUUUUGAGGAAAAGAAGUGAAAGCAUGACAAAGUUAAUACAAUACCCUGCCCAAGAAGUGUGUGAAAAGAUGCCACAAGAGAUGUGGAUUUACCUCACCAACGUCUCGCUCAUAUUUAAUCGCAUGAGAUACCUCCUGAGCAGUUGA